AUGUCAGAAUGCGCAACAGAAUGCUACGAAUCAAGCAUCGCCACGCAGACUACCUGCACGCCAGCAGAUGUAACCUGUAUAUGCGCAAACCAGAAAUACCUUGAUACUACCAAUAAAUGUAUCCGGUCAUCAUGCACCAUAAGAGAAGCUUUGGUUGCUCAAAACACUACAGCAACCCUCUGCGGCCGUCCCAUACGUGAUAGAACGGGCAUCUCCCCAAUAAUAACCGGAGUUACUGGCGGCGCCGCGCUGUUCUCCGUAGCGGCCCGGUGCUACAUCGUAGGCAAAGGCUUUGCCCUCGAUGACUUCUUCGCCGUGCUCGCCUUCAUCAGCGCCAUCCCCCUAGGCAUAAUGCAAUUCCUCAAGUCAGCUGCUGGCAACGGAAAAGACAUUUGGACCGUCACUCCUGAGAACAUCACUCUAAUCAUGAAAUAUACGUGGGUAGCCGAGAUAUCAUACUCGGUCGUGCUCCCUCUGACAAAAAUGUCGUUUGUCGCCUGCUGCCUGCGCAUCUUUCCUAGUACCAAAUUUCGCUGGCGUGCAAACGUAGUUAUGGCGCUGUGCGUUGCCUACGGCAUCACCUUCGCCACUGUCACCUUCUUCAACUGCACGCCCAUCGACUAUAUAUGGACGAGCUGGGACGGCCAACACAAAGGGACCUGCAUCAACUUCCACAUCUUUGCGGCCGCGGCCGCAGCCCUUAACAUCACGAUUGAGAUUCUGGUGCUCGCACUUCCGAUUCCCGAGUUGCUCAAACUAGCAAUAAGUCUGCGGAGCAAGCUUUAUAUCAUUGCGAUGUUUAGUGUUGGCAUUUUUACACUAAUCGUAGCCACUCUCCGCCUACAAUCCCUCGUCAUCUUCAAAAAAUCCUCAAACCCAACCUGGGACUACGUCCCCACGGCCUACUGGUCCACCCUCGAAGCCUACGUCGGCAUCUUCUGUAUCUGCAUGCCCGCCCUCCGCCGCUUCCUCACUCUCACCUUCCCCCGCUGCUUUGCCUCGACACCGCAGAACUCGCGGUAUAAUUUGUACGAGGACGGGCCCGCGCUGCCGAAUCGCGUCUCGCAGGGUCCGCCGAGGGACUCAAAACCUAUUAGUCUGGCGUCCGGUGGGAGGUUUGGGCUGGAGACGGAGGUGCAUACGAAGGUUGUGGAGACGCCAGGGGAGAGUAGGGAGAAUUUGAAGGAGGAGGAGGAGGAGGAGGGUGAGAGGGUUAUGCUGGCUGAUAUGGGGAGUGCAAGGACAGAGGGGAGGAUGGUGUAAAGGUGGAGAAAAGACUUAGUGACAUAGAUUAUGAGUAUGACAUGUAAAACGGUAUGUCUUAGGCCUUAUACCUUAACUUUUUACGAAUAUUAUUUCUAGUUGGUCUACGAAAUUUUGCUUCAUGUGUUUUUUUUUUGACUAGAAAAUUG